AUGGGUGUUGCGCUAAGGGCUGCUGGCAAUGGUCAACUCAGUGCGAGCGCCGUGGCCAAGUUGAGAGGUGCGGACUACGACAAGGAGAUCAUCAGCCAUAAAAUUAACUCACCGAUUAGUAAUAGUAGCCUACAUGACUUGCACAAUCAGAACUCUUAUGACAAGGAUCACGUCAAAGAGUUGGAAUUCUAUCAAAGUUUAGCUAAGGCUGCAUCACUGGCCAAUCACAAUGAUACACAUUCGCAUCAGUCGCAUGAAUCACACGAAAUGUCGCCACCCACCUCGCCACAGCCGAUGCAAAUCGAUACCGAUGUGGGUGAGGAUUGCGAUGCACGAGAUCAUCUCAAUCAUUUGUCCGAUGCUGAGGAUCAUGAACAACAGGCGAAAGCCUCAGCAUCGGCUUUGGCGGUAGCAGCAGCGGCAGCGCAAGCGCAUUUGAACGGAACUAUGCAAGACAUGAUAAAUUUACAAAAAUUACAAAAUUUAGCCACGCUCCAGCAGCAGCAGCAACAACAACAACAACAGCAGCAGCAACACCAUCACCUGCAACACUCAACCGGUGGCAAUGGCAUUCACCAUCAUCACCACCACCUUCACUCGCAGCAUCCUCAUCUACAUACGCCACCCGAUGGCACUGCAACACCGGUCAGUGUGGGGCAGAAUGUCACACCGGCGACGGCUGCAGCAUUAGCAAGUCUUCAGGGAUUAGCUGCAGGUAUCAGCGCUUCAGCGGCAGCAGCAGCAGCACUUAAUUCACCACUCAAUUUGACUGUUGGGUCCAGUACGAAUGGCUGUAGUGGCCUUAGUGGCUGCUUACCACCAGUUGGAGCCACCGCCACUGGCCCACAUAGCGCACCUUGUUCCCCCAGUGCUCUUUCCGCUUCGAAUGUUUUAGCUGCAGCCGCGGCUGCCGCAGCGGCAUCUAAUAAUAAUAACAAAGUCAUGUCGCAUGCUGGCAAUUGUGGCAACGGUCAAGAUAACCCCGGCACUACAUCACCCAACUCGAAUUCGGUGCAGGCGCAGACAAUGGCUCAGAACACGUUGGCAAAUGUGUUGAAUUCGGCUGCGGCAGCUGCGGCGGCCGCAGCAGCAGCUGGUGCAGCAGCCACCGCAUCACCUCCGCCGGCUUUGUCGACGCCAGCAAACAGCGCUCAAAUGCCGCAAUUGAUACUCGCAUCGGGUCAGCUGGUACAAGGCGUGCAGGGGGCGCAACUGCUCAUACCAACGGCGCAAGGCAUUGCCGUACAGACCAUUCUCACAAUUCCAGUCAGUCCGCAGAUCAACACAAAUGAGCAGUUUUUGCAAAACUUCGGUGCCUUCGCAUCAUUCCAGCAACACCAGCAGCAGCAACAAGCGCUUUUGCCACCUCCGCUACCACCAGCGCUUGCCGCUUUACAACAUGCCUCAACACUACCCCAACUUGCGCAAACCCCAACGAAUUUACUCAAGCCAAACUUGUUCUCGAGUAGCGUUCAGCAGUUAUUGGCCGCGCUGCAUCCGGAAUUGUUUGCUGCCGCCGCAGCUAACCAUCACUUGCAUGCAUCGCCACAAGCAUCACAUCAUGCAAUGCAUCAGGCGCAGCAGCAACGCGCUGAUCAACAAUCGGCAGCGCCACCGCCACAUCUCGCCCACCUACCACCACCGCCGCACCACCACCUUGCCGCCCAUUCGCACUCCUUGUCGAAUGAUUUGCAUUUAGCUGCUGCAGCCGCUGCAGUAGCAGCGCGUAACACUGAACGUGGCCAUUCACCACCCAGCUCGCCACCGCCGCAUAGCAUUAGCGGUGGAGGAGAACGCACAGGCACUUCUAGUUCGUCGUCUAGUACAAAAGCCGCCGCUGCAGCCGCGGCUGCGGCCGCAGCUGCCGCCUUCCAUCUGCAACAACAGUUGCAUAUCAAACAAGAAACGUCGCCGCGUCAUCAUCAUCAUCACACGCUGCACCCGCAUUCCCAUCGUGGUGGCGCACAUCAUCACUCGCUGCGGCAUCCGGUAGAUGAGCUCCCCUCACCAAACCGGGAAAUUGGCAAGUCAGCAGGCUCAUCCUCUUCGAUAAAUUCAAUGAAUAUGCCACAGGAUGUUAGCGCAUCACCUCCGCCUGGACUUAGUGCGCAUCACCACCAUUUCCACCAUCGCAGUAGUGGGUUAGGACCGGGUCACCAGCCUAGCACAACACCGUCGCCGCGCCCAAACUCGUCCACCUCGAUGUGUACAAUGACGUUACGCGACCGUGAUAGAGACAGAGAUAGAGAUAGAGAGAGGGAGAGGGAGAGGGAGAGGGAAAGAGACCGAGAAAGGGAGCGCGACCGCGAUCGGGACAGAGAAAGGGAACGUGAGCGUGAGCGCUGCGAACGCACCGAAACCCUUGCCAAACGCAGUCCAAAUCGUAGCGGUGGCUCGCUCAACAAUGGACCCGGUGCUGGUGUGUGUGGUAGCAUCAAUCUCAGUCAACAUUCUAUAAAACGUGAAAGGGAACGUGAACGCGAGCAUUUGAGACGUUCUUCUUCACCGACACUCGGCUCCGGCUCCAGCUCAAUACAAUUGACAGCCACUGGUCGUAAUUCCUCCUCCGUAGCUAAUGCUCUCAGUUCUUCCUCCUCCAACCCAUCCUCAGUUAAUGCAUCGGCGUCAAUAGCAUCCGCCUCAGUAUCCGCAAGUGGCAAUCAGCAUCACCAACACGGGCAUCACUCACACCUGCAUCAUCCAAGUCAUCAUCAGCCCCAUCACAAUCUACACCAUCAUCCGCAUUCGCUCUCGUCAGGCGUCGCAACAAGUUCGGCUUCCGCGUCAUCGGCCACCGGCGUAUUGUCAUCUUCAACGUCAACGACAUCCAACGAAAGAGGCUAUUCAUCUCCUUUGCGAGGCACUGCUGGUCAAUUGUUCCGCACCCACUCACCAUCACCUUCCUCAACAGCGGCGGUGGCGGCCAUAACACACUUGCAUCAUCAUCAACAUCAGCAGCAACAACAACAACAGCAGCACGGUCAACAUGCACACAAUAUGAGUUCACCGCACGAACGAGAUUUCCUAGGAAAUGGCGGCGGAUUGAGAACAUCUCCGUUGGGUAUUGGUGUUAGUGGCAACGGAGGAGUUGUCGGCACAACGAUAGGAAUGGGCGUUGGACCAUCCUCGUCUGCGACAUCUGCAGCGGCUAACAUGCUCAAUAGCAUUAAUAGACUCUCCGCCUCCGCGAAUGGUGAAUUGACCAUAACAAAAUCAUUAGGUCCCCCAUCAGCGACCGCCAUACGUGCUUCCUCUGCCUCGCCUACAUCGCCAGGUCCCAGCUCGUCGGCGUUGGGCAUAAACACCUCAUCCGCCUCGCAUUUGGUGCAUCAUCCCCAUCAUGGCAUGCACCCCAUGAAGCACAGUCCGACAACCAGCUCAGUACUACAACGUGAACGCGAACGAGAUCGCGAGCGGGAUCGAGAAAGAGAAAGAGAGCGCGAGAGAGAAAGAGAGCGUGAACGCGAACGCGAUCGUGCCAGCGGCAGCGGUCAUGGAGAACCACCUUUACAGCUAUCACCCAAUGGCACAGAGGGUUCCAGCGGUGCACACGAUCUUCUAAUGGAUUCACCGAAUGAGCCCACCAUUAAUCAGGCGACCACAAAUGUCGUUGAAGGCAUCGAUUUGGAUGAGAUUAAAGAAUUUGCCAAAGCAUUUAAGCUGCGUCGCCUAUCAUUGGGUCUCACACAGACACAAGUGGGCCAGGCAUUGUCGGUUACCGAAGGACCAGCCUACAGCCAGAGCGCCAUAUGCAGUGCACUCGCCGCUCAGAUGUACGCCGCCCAACUGUCGUCGCAGCAGCAGAACAUGUUCGAGAAAUUGGAUAUAACGCCAAAGAGCGCGCAGAAAAUAAAACCAGUUUUAGAGCGUUGGAUGAAGGAGGCCGAAGAGAGUCACUGGAAUCGCUAUAAAUCUGGGCAGAAUCACCUAACCGAUUAUAUUGGCGUGGAGCCUUCAAAGAAGCGCAAGCGACGCACUUCGUUCACGCCACAAGCUUUGGAGCUGUUAAAUGCGCAUUUCGAGCGCAAUACACAUCCAUCGGGUACCGAAAUCACGGGUUUGGCGCACCAAUUAGGCUAUGAACGCGAGGUAAUACGCAUUUGGUUUUGUAACAAACGGCAAGCGCUGAAAAAUACAGUGCGCAUGAUGUCCAAAGGUAUGGUGUAAGGAGAAGAGCUGGGAAGAAGGAUACAGCACUUCCUUCGAGAAAUGUGAAGCAGAAACCUUUGGUGGAGAAGGUGUAGCUAAUUUUAGUUCAGCCAGCAAGCAUUUGGAUGGCAGGAAGGCGCUUGUAGAGAGAGAAUUCUGUGUGUGAACGAGAGGUUUAAACUAAAAUUUUAUAUACAAAUGAGUUUCCUCUAAGGCUCUUUGCAAGCAUUUCAGGAAAGUAUUGUUUGUUUAAAAAUAUUUCGCGGUGUAUUUGAAAGUCGUCGCACAAUGAGAAAGAAAAUUCCUCUAACUUUCGCCAAUUCAUCUAACUGCCUGCAGAAGAAUGCUACGAAUCCUUAUUUAUUUAUAAGUUUGUACAAAAUUAACUUGGGCGCGCCAGUAAUCAAUAGUCUAUGGCCAGCUGUUGAUUUAUUUAGCGCCCGCAACUUGCAUUAAUAAGGAGAGGAUGUCUCAUGAGUUCAAAGAAGCAUAGGUAAACACUUAUAAAAUUAUACAUACACACAUAUAAUAUAUAGGAGAUUUUUUAUAUAAAAACUACUUUUGCCCUAACAAAGAAUAGUGUCUCAUGAUUUCCUCUUACAUUGUCACUAAUAGAAUGAAAUGCGUCAAAUAUAAAUUUUUAAUAUAGCCACGAAGAAAACGUUAAGAGGUGUACUUGUAAAAAUUGUGUGCGUAUAGGAAAUGUGAUAGCCACAAUGGAAAUAUUUAAGUCACAAUAAAAUAAAUAAUAAUAAUAAUAAUAAAUCACACUAUCCUAGUUCUAAUACACACACACACACAUGCAUAUAUGUAAAUAUGUGUCUGCAAAUAGGCGGAAACUAAAAUAAAAUAGUUUAAGUAUAUGAAUGUGGCAUUGCUUGUUUGCUAAUAGAAAAGGGGGGGUGCGCGCAAGAAAAGCGUUAAAAAUAUAAAAUUAUUCAAAAUUUCUUGGCGAAAUUUGAGGAAUUGCCCUACCCAGGGCAGUAGCAAACUAGCAUUGUGUCCGUACUGGUAGUAAAACAAGAGAAAGCUGAAAAAUGCGUGUUUGAAACGGUACUCAAAUAGGCCAUGGACAUUGUAAAUGGUGUGUCAUACGUAUGUUUAAAACA